AUGCAUUUCUUAUCUAGGUUAAUCCUUUUCUUUUACGUGUGGGGCAUUUUUACUGCUCAGGGACAAAAGGCAGAGGAGAGCACAGAGGAAGUAAAAAUAGAAGUUUUGCAUCGUCCAGAAAAUUGUUCUAAGACAAGCAAAAAGGGAGACCUGCUAAAUGCCCAUUACGACGGCUUCUUGGCUAAAGACGGCUCGAAAUUCUACUGCAGCCGGACACAAAAUGAAGGCCACCCCAAAUGGUUUGUUCUUGGUGUUGGACAAGUCAUAAAAGGCCUAGACAUUGGGAUGAUGGAUAUGUGUCCUGGAGAGAAGCGAAAAUUGAUUAUACCGCCUUCAUUUGCAUAUGGAAAGGAAGGCUAUGCAGAAGGCAAGAUUCCACCUGAUGCAACAUUGAUUUUUGAGAUUGAACUUUAUGCUGUGACCAAAGGACCACGAAGCGUUGAAACAUUUAAACAGAUAGACAUGGACAAUGACAGGCAACUUUCUAAAACUGAGAUAAGUCAUUACCUAAAAAAAGAAUUUGAAAAAGAUGAGAAGCCACGUGACAAGUCAUAUCAGACUGCAGUUUUAGAGGAUUUUUUUAAGAAGAAUGACCAUGAUGGUGAUGGCUUCAUUUCUCCUAAGGAAUACAAUGUCUAUCAACAUGAUGAACUAUAG